AUGAGCGUACCAGGACCACAGUCGGCGACUUUGGCAGAUAAGGCCGAUAUCAGCGUUAUAGAAGCCACGGACAGGCUUGAGAACGACGCGAACGCCACCCCUAAACUUCAACCACUGCUCAAAUCUGAGAACCUCGAACGCAACAAUGCUUUCCUGUCAGCGCCGCUCUCAGCCCCUAUACGACCACUGUCGCCCGACACACUUUCUAACCUAUCGUUUGACGAGUACGAGGCAAUAAGGCCAGGCCGCUCACGUCACCGCUCUCAAGAUCAUGCCCGGACGCUUUCUCUAUCGCCCGCGCCGGUGAUUCGGGGUGGCAUCAGAGGGCGUUUCGACAAGUUUUGGGUCCGGAACAAAGGUCUUGCGUAUAUGUUACUGGCCCAAAUCUUUGGAACCCUCAUGAACGUGACUACCCGGUUACUGGAGAUCGAAGGCAACAGAGGUAAAGGAAUGCAUCCAUUCCAGAUCCUCUUCGCCCGCAUGGGCAUCACGUUCUUCCUGGCCAGCGUUUACAUGUGGUGGAAGAAGACUCCGCAUUUCCCACUCGGCAUGCCGGAGGUACGAGGGUUGUUGGUCGCUCGUGGACUAUGUGGGUUUUUUGGCGUCUUCGGGAUGUACUAUUCGCUGCUCUAUCUGCCUUUGGCGGAUGCGACUGUGAUCACCUUUCUGGCUCCAAGCUUAGCGUGCUGGGCAUGCUCGAUCUUGAUCAACGAACCUUUUACGCGGGUGGAGAAGAUUGCUGGGCUUGUCUCUGUAGUCGGCGUCAUCUUCAUCGCUAAGCCGACUACGCUUUUCGCAGGCUUGAGUGGAGGAGGUGACAGUCCGCCGGCAAGCGGCAACAGUAAUGCUUCACCAUCCGGCAACGGCACUACCUCUGAGACUCCUGGCGCUGAUGCUGGCUCUUACGAGAAGGUUACGCCUGCCCAACGGUUGACAGCUGUUGGGAUUGCAUUGCUGGGAGUUCUGGGCAGCGCAGCUGCUUACACCACAAUUCGAUGGAUCGGCAAACGGGCCCAUCCUUUGCUCUCCGUCAACUACUUUGCGGGGUGGUGCUUUCUGGUCAGCAUCGUCAUGCAGGUUGUGCUGCCAGACGUCGGUUUCGUCCUGCCUGCUGAUUUGAAGGAGUGGGGAUACUUGAUCUUCCUUGGGAUCUGCGGUUUUGUUAUGCAAUUCCUUCUCGCCGCAGGUCUCGCCUACGAAAAGUCUUCUCGUGCGACCAACAUGACCUACACACAGAUGCUGUUUGCUCUGGGGUUCGAUAAGCUCAUAUUCGGACAUACACCUGGCGUCAUGAGCAUCAUUGGCUCCAGCCUGAUUCUCAGCUCGGCGCUUGUGGUGGCAAUACAACAGGAUCCUGAUCGUUCGCAGGAGCAGAAGGACAAUGCUCGAGAAGGCAGCGUUGAUGAGGAGAGUCGGACUGGCCUGAUGGCCAAUGUGGGAGAGUCGGAGGAUCAUGAUCGGUUGCCGGUGCAGGAAGUGCACAUGAGGACACUACGAUAG